AUGUACCCAGUGUAGAUAGGGCCAACUGAAGACAGCUUGUGUCAGAAGAUAAUAGAGAUGGGGCCUCCUUCCCACGCAAGCCGAGCUGUCAGCAGUACAGUUGUUCAUCUUGUUCAACGCAGGAGACGCCGCUGCUGAGUUUCAAGCUAUUUCACAGAGUCAUGGGGGAGGAGAAGAAGCCGCCCACAGGAGGGCCUCAUUUUGUGGGGAAGAAGGACGAACUGAUUGAAGCAAAGCGCUCUUUCAGAACAAUAGAGGGUCGAGAUGUACUGAUCGUCCACCACCAGAGCGUCUUCUACGCUAUGGACUCUUACUGCUAUCAUGCUGGGGGAAUACUGCAGAAUGGAGACAUUGAGGAAAUUGCCGGCAAGCUGUGCAUAAUUUGUCCAAACCACAAGUACAAGAUCUGUCUUGCCAACGGGGAGGGCAUAUACAAGGCCAUGGACCCCACGGAAGCAGUGCGUAAGUUCAGAUGGUACUCCAAGGGUGCCAAGCAGCGGAUGCACACGGUCACCGAGGCCAACGGGGAUGUCUAUGUCAAGCUCUCUGAGGACGAGAGCUGGUUGGAGUCCGACUUCUUCCAGGGAGAGCAGGGCAAGGUGGAGAGGGCGAAAGCUGCGGCAGCUGAGAAGAAAACAUAGUAGUGUAACAGAUGGCUGAGGAUCUGUCUCCACUUGUCUCCUCUCAUCUCCUCUAAACGAUAACUCUAUAGAGAGGAUGUCAGACAUUUAAUGACACACACUUCGUAACCAGUAGGGCUCGCAUGGUCUUAAAUAUGGGACUUGUUUAAAAUGAGUUUGGGAGUGUUUAGAAUUUUAAAUUGCUUCAUUUGUGGCUUGCUACUUUUUUACAUUAAAUGUUUUACUAAAAUUAGGUCACAUUUUGCUAUAUUAAGUGGACAUGUGCAUCACAAAAUAAUCAUGUAGUUCACUAAAUAAACUUUUUCUAUGGGUAAAUUUUGA